AUGAGAAAAUGGGUAUGUUCAAAAGAAGGUUUCCGCAAACACAUGGAAAUUGACAAGGCCGGUGGGAGCAAACGAAAAACAUAUAUUACUAGGACUAGUUGCCAAGAUAGUUUUCGAGUGGUAAUGAUUGGCGAUGAGGGUCCGUGGAUUUGCAAGGAAUUCCAACCUCUGCACAACCAUGACAAGGCAGCAUUAGAUGAGUUGCGAUUUCUGAGAUCAAACCGUUCCGUGUCAGAAACCCUAGUUGCUCAAGUGAGAUCAAUGAACCAAGUUGGGAUAAGAACUUCACACAUCAUCUCCCACUUGGCAAUGCAGUCUGGUGGGUACGAAAGGAUGCCUUGCCAGCUACGAGACGUUUACAACAAGGUCGCCCAUGUCAAAAGAAAAGAGAAAAGAUGUACAGAUUCAGAUGGUGCUUUGGGAUAUUUGGAUUGUCUGUCAAAGAGGGAUCCAAAUUUCAUCAUUCAAUAUCAAUGUGACGUGGACAACAGAUUGGGGAACCUAUUCUGGGCGGACGGAUAUUCUUGA